AUGCAACAUGGUAUUCAUCACCGCCGGUAUGGGCGGAGGGACCGGCACCGGAGCCGCUCGGUGAUCGCGCGUACGGCGCGAGAAGCCGACAUCCUCACCGUCGGUGUGGUGACCAAGCCGUUCGAGUUCGAAGGCAACCGCAAGAUGAUGCUGGCCGAAGAGGGGAUCGAGCGGCUGCGCAAGGAGGUGGAACACCCUCAUCAUCAUCCCCAAUCACUGCUGUUGCGGGUCGUGGAGACAGAAGACCUCGAUGAGGAGCUGCUAUCUCGCCGACGACGUGCUGCGCCCGAGGGGGUGCAGGGCAUGUGCCGACCUGACUUACGAGCGGGCGAGAUCAACACUCGACUUCGCCGACGUGCGCACGGUCAUGAAGGAGAGGGCGAUGCGCUCCGUGGCGUGGGCGUGGGGACGGCGCGUAGAAGCGAGCGGAUGGAUGCCGCGACCACGCCAUCAACAAUCCCGCUGCUGGGAACAUGCCCGCAUCGCGGGGCCGUCAGGGCAUUCUGGUCAACGUGGCACCGGCGGCGAAGCCUGUGUCCGUGA